GGAGGGAACUGAGCUGAGAGAAAUCUGUCAGAUUCAAACACACUGCUCUGUGUGUGUGUGUGUGACAGAGAGAGCGAGGGAUGAGAAGAGGAGGAGGAGAGCUGAGGAACAGAUAGAAAGAGACAGCAGAGGACCACAAAGUGAGGCCGGUUCACCUAUGGAUGAUCAGCAUUCAUACCAGAAACCCAGGGGAUUCCAUGGACACAUCGACCCGACUGACAUCCCCACUGAGCGCAGCCGAUCGACACUGAUGCUGAUGCGCUACGUGCAGCUGUAGAGCAGCAAGGCCAAGGGGGUCAGGGGUGAAAGGUCACAGACUACAAGAGCUAGAGCAGGCGCUGAGGUUGAGAGGUUUCGGGGAGCGAGACCGUGAGGAUACGAGAAGAAGCAGGGUUCAGGAAGUAAGGUCUCAGUGACAGACGAGGGUCAAGGGGUCAAAGAUGAUGACAUCACAUGGAAAGCUGAGGAGGGAGAAAGGGAGUCUGGCCGAGUAUGAAUCGCAGAUGAAAGACCUGCGGGCCCAGCUGACAGACCAGAUCAAGGUUUUAGAUUCUCAGGUGGAGGUGAAACAGCAGCAGCUCUCAGACCUCUCUGAGUUUCUCCGGCGUCGAGGCGACAUCGAGGCUGAAUACGCGCGUGCCCUCGAUAAACUCACCGAGAGGUUCACCCUCAAGACGAAGAAGAAGGAGCAGUGGGGUCAGUCUGUGUGUCAGGUCUGGUCUGUUUUGCUGACCCAGACUCGUCUGGAGAGCCGGGAACAUGCGGCACUGGGUGACACCUGCUGCAACACGCUCACACAGAGACUGGUCCACAGUACAGAGGAUACACACCGUCUGCACAAACGGAGCAAAGAAGUUGGAAUCCAGAUGCAGGAUGAGCUGCUAAAGGUCACCACUGAACUCCAGACAGCUAUGAAGACGUACAACCAGUACCACACAGACUGUUUGAUAGCUGAGGGGAAGCUGAAGGAAGCCGAGCGGCUGGAAGAGAGACACACUGGCAAGUCGGCUGAGCUCGGCCCCGGCCAAUCAGGGGGACAGAGGCGGAGCUCUGUGAAGAAGAUGGAGAGACUGAUGGAGAAGAGGCACGGUCGAGUGCAGGAGACCCAGCUGAAAUGCACAAAGGCUCGUAAUGACUACCUGCUGAAUCUAGCAGCAUCCAAUGCAGCUAUGAACAAAUACUACCUGCAGGACCUGAGCACUCUCAUCGAUUGCUGCGACCUCGGUUUCCACCUGUCCGUGGAGAGGGUGAUGAGGUGCUACCUGGCCAGUAGGUUGCGCAUCCAGAAGACGGAGGAGACCGGGCUUAAGCAGCUGGAGGCAGCCGUGACAUCUCUGGACCAGGGCGGAGACAGGGAUGCGUUACUACAGCAACACGACGCCGCCUUCUGCCUCCCGUUCAGAUUCAACUACCACCCACAUGAGGGAGACCAGGUAUGUGAAGUGAGUGCGGAGAGCCAAGUGAGGUACGAGCUGGAGACCAGGUUCCAGCAGCUCCAGUCUCGACUCGCUGCCGUUACCUUGGAAACGGAGGAGAUCAGUAAAACACUUAAAGCCACACUCACAGCCCUGCUGGACAGCAUGUGUGACAGUGACUGCAACCCCUCGCCCGAUGUGCCCAGCGGCCUAUCAAACGAGGCCCCUGGGGGAAGUACUGCCCCAAAACUUACCCUUGCCAAGCGUCGAGCCAAUCAGCAGGAGACAGAGACCUAUUAUUUUACAAAAGUGAAGGAGUUCCUCACCAGCAGUUCUCUGACCUUCAAACUUCAAGCCAAACAUGACCUUCUACAAGAUGCCAUACAGAAAGCUGAGGCCGUCGACAGUGACCCUUCCAGAAUGCAAUGUGCUCGGUCAGUGCGUGUGCGGAAGUCCAGACCUGUUUCCCAAUUCUGCCACACACUCUUCACCACAGACAUAGUCUCCUACAUACAGAGCUCUGGGCAGCAGAUUCCUGUGGUGGUUGAAAGCUGCAUCCGUUUCAUAAACCUUCACGGCCUCCACCAUGAAGGAAUAUUCAGAGUUCCCGGGUCACAGCGGGAGGUUAACCUCAUUAGAGAUGCAUUUGAGAGAGGAGAGGAUCCUCUGUCAGACAGUGAGUGUGACCUGGACUCUGUGGCCGGCGUGUUGAAGCUUUACUUCAGGGGCCUUGAGCCUCCUCUCUUCCCUUACGACAGCUACUCUCAGCUUCUGGAGUGUGUCCAAAUCGAGGGAGAGACAGAGAAAGCUGCCCAGAUUAAAGUGAUUGUCUCCACCUUCCCACGGCCUCUCCUCGUCGUGAUGCGUUACCUUUUCGCUUUCCUCAAUCAUGUGUCUCAGUACAGUGAUGAGAACAUGAUGCAGCCGUACAACCUGGCCGUUUGCUUCGGCCCGAGUCUGCUGAGGGGAGUGGAUUCUGAUGACGCUGUUGCUAGGCAGCCACAGGUUAAUGACCUCGUCAAAACUAUGAUCCUCCAACACGACAUCAUUUUCCCCGGCCAAUCAGAACUGCCAGGCCCCGUCUACGAGAAGCACAUGACUCUGGAGCAGGAGUACUGUGAACCAAUCACAGAGGAGGGAGACGGAGAGACUGAGCAUCUGCCCAGUGAGGAUGAGUGGGAAGCAGUAGCUAUGUUUGACUACGUGGCGAGAUCUCCAGCAGAGCUGUCGUUCAAGCAGGGAGAGCUUCUCGUCCUUCACAGCAAGGCCUCCUGUGAUUGGUGGAGAGGUGAAGCGGGAGGGGUUAAGGGCCUCAUCCCUCACAAGUACAUCAGCGUGCUGGAAGCGUCAGAGCGAGGGAAAAGAGAGGAAGGAGGAGGAGGAGGAGGAGGAGGAGGAGGAGGAAGCACUGGAAACCUGUCAGCAGAAGAUCCACAGACUGAGAACACAACUCGGAUGCGGGUGAACAGCGACAGCGCUUCGUUGCCUGGAAGACAGAGAGGGAGUGAAGGGAGCCCAAGUCGAAAGCCGCCGACCUCCCCCGCCACACGACACCUGCCAGUGUCUCAGGAGAGAAGACACACUCUGGACACUGUGAGACAGGGAGGCUUCAGACCCCCAGACAGACCUCCAUUUGGCCAGGCUGACAGAGCACCAGUCGACAAGGAGAUGAUCAGCCGUCAGAUGAACUCAGUGUUCAAGGAGCUCCUGUCACGGCAGCCUCCUCUCCAGGCGUCCGCCCUCGCCACCCCUGCUGCCCCUGCUCCCCCUGCUCCCUCCUCUUCCUCUUCUGCUCUUCCUCAAGCUGCCCCCGCUGCCAAAAAAGUAGGAUUCGGCCUCAGAGGACGGGCCCUUUUCCGACCGAUGGACUGAGAGAGAGGAGAGGAUGACUGGAAUCACUGAUUUAUUGUUCAACGACGAUGAUGAUGAUAAUGAUAAUGAUAAUGAUAAUGAUAACGAUAACGAUGAUGAUUACACUGAUGACAAUGAUGCAUUUGGUGAAGAUAUUGAUUUAUUUUUUCGACACGUGUAUAAUAUUUGCGUCUCUGCCAUCUCAUAGUGCCACUAGUCUCGGUGCCGUGUUACUGUACGUCCAGUGUGUCUGUUUUCCAGCUGGUUUUUAUGUUCUGGUCUCUUUUUGUUCUCCAGGCUUUUGCAAUUUUUUGGAGAAUCAGGGAUGUGACAUCACCAGUGAUAUCACCAGAUUGACUUUUAGAAGUGGUCGCCAUGAUGCUUACAUCAAAAAUAACAAAAGACUUAUGCUGCCCCCUAGUGGCAGGUCUGAGACCAGCUCUCCUUAUGAUGUUUUCUUUAUUUUAAAUAACAAAGCUGAUCUGGGGCCUGUGUCUAGGAGUGCCUUUACAUCUUAUUAUCUUAUUCUUCUUCACCUUUAUUUCACUUGAAAAGACCUGAUAGGUUUAAACUCUUCAUAUUAUGUUUAAAAAUGUGAUCCAGAAAGAUGUUUAUGGAACCCUGAAGUGUUCAAUAUUAAAUAAAUAAGACAUUAUACAAUGAAGAAUCAUAUGAAUAACUUGUGUAAAAUAUAUAUUGACCAAAAAUUGUUGAAUAACUAAGGAAAUUGUUCCAAUUUAACUCAUCAUUCAUUUACAUAAUAAUAUCUUAUAGGAUAUCAUUUUUAUGUAAUUACUAAUAUGUGUAUUUUAAAACGCCCUUUCUCAAAUGUCAGGUUGUAUUUCAUACCGGAAUUUUUCCCAAUAACAGUUUUAUUUCAUGUUACAUUUUGUUUAAUAAUGUCACUUUUCAUAACAGUGGUGUUGUCACCUUCAUACAUCCCCAGCUCAACUGUUACUACCAAAUUUAGCCAGUUAGCACUUGCUAGCUAGGGUAACAAUACCAACAGCAUUAUAAAUAAACAGAGGAUGUUGCUUUAAAUAAACACAGUACGCAAACCCAGAAGCUAAACCUCUUUUAGCUAAUGCUACCUAUCUAGCCGGCUAACAGCUAUUGCUAGCUUUUUAAUUAGCAUCAAACUAAAGAACUUAUGAUAGCAAUGUUAUUCAGCUAUCUAGCAAACAAAAGUGGCAGAAGUAACUCUGGAUUAACCAGCUAAUCUUAGCUGCUACCAUUAACAAUGGUUCUUCACUUGGAUUAAUCCAAGAUAGUUAGCAAGCAAGGUAGGUAGCAUGUGAAGCCUUGCUAAGAUAAGGCUUAAAAACUAAGACAUGGGGGGAGAUGUUCGUUUCUCUGUCUGUACUGUUUUUAUUUACUGUAGCAGCUAGUUUUUUGUUCUUUUCAGAAUUACUUUCACUUCGUCGUUGCUCUAAGUAACAGAAGCUAACUGGCUAACUGAUAGCAGUUGUUGAGCUUGCUAACUCAAAGAUCGGGGAUUUAUGUGAUUUGCUAAAAGGUAAGAGCAUGGUGAUAACAUAACUGUUAUGAAAAAUGGUAGCAUUCAAUAAAAAGUGGCAUGAAAGUGUUACUAAAGAAAAUAUGUUUAUAAAAUAAAAUCUGACUUUUCAUUUUGAAAUAAAUAUUUCUAUUAUGAAAUAAAAAUGAACUCCUAUCAAAAAUAUUGUAAUGAGAAGAAUAAUGAGUUCAGUUUGAAUAAUGGCUUAAAUUAUUUCACAAGUUAUUAGUGUUUUUUAAUUUAAUAUUUAUUUAUUUAUGUAUUUAAUACUGAACACUGUGAGGCUCCAUAGAUUACUGAGAAAACUGUAAGCAGUGAGGUCAGUAUUUAAUAGCAGCAUGCAGUGUUAGCACACAGACACAGAUGAAACACACAUUCCCCUUAAUAUGUGACACAUGGCCUGAUGCGCAGGCCAACUCUCAGGGCUUUUGCAGAGUUAGAGACUGGCUAACUCAGGUUUGGCUUUGAAGGAAUAAGUAAGAGAUUUUUUUUCCACUCAGGGCUUUGGUUGACUUACUCUUCAACUGGAAACUGUGCCCUAGCCUCAAGAGCCAAAAUGGCCCCCGUAUCAGAGAGGAUUAAAUGAUUUCCUCUGGUUUAAACUGUGAAUGCAACGGCGACAUUUCGGAGCCACAAUCGAAACUCUUGUCUCAUUCAUCCACACAUUUUGGCCCCCCUGACUAUAUAUCUAGCACCAUCCACAGGUCCCAUCCAAAUGUAUGUUUCAGGAUUUUUGCAGUGAGGUGUGCAAUUCCUUUGACUCCAAAAGCAUUGGAAAUGUUUUUAUGUAUGGCAUCUCCCCUCUGUUGUGUUUCAGUAUUGGAAACAUAGAAGCAGAAUCAUUUUUUUAAAUACUGAUUCUUCUUCUAUGAUUAAAAACACCCUGUUAUUCUGGA